UUUCUGGAUUUCUGGCCGUUUCCUGUUUCCGGAAGUUCCGUGUUCGCAGUGGAGAGAUCAGCAAUAACCUAAACCUGCGCGAGCGGAGCUGUGAUCUACUCUAAAUCUCAAUCAUGGCCUCCUCAAGCACCGAAGUAGUGACAAAAGGUAGAAGGGGAAGCUUUGAUUUAGAUCCUCCAGAUAUGUCCAUAAGAAGGAUGGUGCUGGUAGGAAAGACUGGAGCAGGUAAAAGCUCUUCUGCAAACACAAUCUUGGGCAGGAGAGUCUUCAGAGCCGCUAGUAGUGGUUCAUCUGUGACCAAAGAAUGCUGGAAAGAGACCGCAGAGGUGGCCAGAAGAGAAAUUAUGCUGGUAGAUACUCCCGGUCUGUUCGACACAGAUGUCUCAGAGGAGUAUCUGAAACAGGAGAUCAGUAAAUGUGUGAAUAUGACAACGCCUGGACCUCAUGCCAUCAUCCUGGUCAUUCAGCUUGGUCCAUUCACAAACGAGGAGAUGAUGUCUGUGGAAAAAUUGAGAGCCAUAUUCGGAGAAACAGCAGACAAACACACAAUCAUCCUCUUCACCCAUGGUGAUGAACUGAGCAGCUCUAUUGAAGAAUACAUGAGUAAAGCUGAUGAGAACCUGAAAGAAAUCCUGAGGCGCUGUGGAGGAAGAUAUCAUGUGUUCAAUAAUAAAGACAUGGAGGACCGUAUUCAAGUUCUGGAGCUCCUGGAGAAAGUAGAUGACAUGAUCGCUGCUACUGGAGGUGGAUUUUACACUAGUGAGUCUUACCUUGGUGUGCAGCUCCUGCUGAAAACUAAAGAAGAAGAGCUGAAGCAACUCUAUGAGAAGAAACUACAAGAAAAAGAGAGAGAACUAGAGUCCAGAUUUAAUGAAGAAAAGAGGGAAUUACAGCAGAUAAUAGAAACACUAACAGCAUCAGAGCAGGAGAAAGAAGAAAAGAUACAAGAGCUAAAAAGAAUAAAUUGGAGGAACAUGUGUAAAAUGAUGGAGUACAAACGAUAUUAUGAAACCAAACUCAGAGAGGUCAGACUGGAGGCAGAACUGACUCAUAUAAAUGAGAGAAAAAUGAUGGAGAUCUUAACCAAGCUACAAAACCUCCAGAUGUAAUCAUAGAUUGAAAUGCAUUACAUAGAAUGAUGCAAUAUUAUUACAGCAAAUACUGUAUCGUUGCUUGUAUAUACAAACUUUUUUACUGUAAAUCUCAUUAUAAUAUGGUAAGUUUUCUUACUGGAUUCUGAUUGGUCAGCAGCUGCUGUGUUUUAUUCGUGAUAAAGCACGGCUAUGACCACUAAACCCAUUGCAUCUGUGUAUCACUGAGCAUAAUAAUAUCAUGUUUCAUGUCCCACUUUAGGAAAUGUGGUUUUGGAAAGUGGGACAGUAUAAUUAGCCUGAUGUGGGACAGUACUUAAGUCAGUGUUGUUAUGCAAUAUUAUAAUGCUGUUUUUGCAGAUGGAGUUAUAAAUGUUGAUGCAAGGAGAUAUAAUGAUUUAACCUCUGUAGGUUGUUCUAUUAAGGUAGUUUACUAAGGCUUUUGCAGGCUAAUGAUUGUAUUUGUUGUUUAAUAAAAUAGAAAAGAUUUGGCAAAA